AUGCGACUUCAUUCACAAGGUUCUAAUAACGAUGUCAUGGAGAUUAAAAUGUUCUUUGAAUCGCUUCUUGAUGUUGGUGACGACAACAUUGGUGACAAUGUUGAUAGAUUCUCUAUCAUAAAAAUCCCAUAUGAAAUCUUGAUCAAUGAUUCCAAUGAUUUGCUCUCAGAUUUAGCAGAAUUUACAUAUCCAAAUCUUUUGAAAAAUAUGGAUAAUUCAUCUUUCUUCCAAGAACGUGUUAUCUUAGCACCAAUAUUAGCUGAUGCCUGCAUGUUAAAUGAGUACUUAAUGUCAAUAAUUGCAGGUGAAGAGAAGAUAUAUCUUAGUUCAGAUAAAAUCUAUAAAGCAUAA